GCUUCUUUUUCAGCCACCUCGGUAGCUUGAUCGCCAACAUGAAAAGAAUAGAUUGACGCUUUACACCGUGUUUGUGAACAUUAGCUAACCUCUGUGUUUUAAACGCAUUUCUGUUGACUUAUCAUCUGAUGACCUUUAACCUAAUUUGCUUGUUCAAUUCGCAAACUUGUUUAAGAUUUAUACUGAGCCUAGAACUAGGCUAGUCGCUAAUGCUAACUAACUAGCUAACAUCCCCGACCAUGAGCUCACUAAAGUACUCCUCCCCUGCUAAAGAAGAGGUCUGCUGGACGGAGAAAGAAGCUCUGGGACUGAACAUUGUCGUGGAAGAGGAGGCUGUUAUAGUGAAAGAAGAGGAGGCUGUUAUAGUGAAAGAAGAGGAGGCUGUUAUAGUGAAAGAAGAGGAGGCUGUUAUAGUGAAAGAAGAGGAGGCUGUUAUAGUGAAAGAAGAGAGAGAACCUUUUAGAGAGGAUGAGGAUGCUAUCUCAAUAAAGGUGAAGGAGGAAGACGUUUUGGGAGUGAAAGAGGAGGAUACAGAAUAUCAGAUUAACACCAGAGAGAGACAUGACUAUGGUGGAUCCUCUGCGGAGCCUCAACAACAUCCUGAUGCUGACGAGGCAGAGAAGAGUCUCUCCAGAUCAGAACACCAGAUGGACAACGCUUGCCCUUCCUCCCUCCUGGAGUCCCCGUGUCGUACCUCUCCCGGUGGCACCUUACUGCUGGGUAUGAAGAGGUUGUCUGUGCUGCUGGUGGACUGCAGGAAAACAACGGGGCUGAGUGGAACUGUGAGAGGAGGAGAAGAGAAGAAAGGAUCAGAUUUAGCUCAUCAAAGAGGAAAACCAAACUUGGAGGAACCAGAGAUGUCCAGACCAGCAAGACGACACCUCCGCUCCCAGAUUGGAAAGAGUUUUACCAAGUUAGAAAGCCUGAAAAGACAUAAGCGGACACACACAGGAGCGAAGCCACACCAUUGCUCCCAGUGUGGAAAGAGUUUCAAAUUGUUACGAACCCUUAAAGGUCACGAGCGAAUACACACGGGGGAGAAGCCAUACCAUUGCACCCAGUGUGCAAAGCGUUUUACCCAUUUAGGAAGCCUGAAAGCUCAUGAGCGAAUACACACAGGGGAGAAGCCUUACCGCUGCUCCCAGUGUGGAAAGAGUUUUACUCAGUUAGGAAACCUGAAAGCUCAUGAGCGAGUACACACAGGUGAGAAACCUUACAAAUGCUUAGACUGUGGGAAGAUAUAUUACUCAUUACAGUCACUUAAAAGUCAUGAGAGAAUCCACACAGGGGAGAAGCCUUACCACUGCUCCCAGUGCGCAAAGCAUUUUACCCAUUUACGAUGCCUGAAAGUUCAUGAGCGAAUACACACAGGAGAGAAGCCUUACUGCUGCUCCCAGUGUGGAAAGCGUUUUACCCAGUUAGGAAACCUGAAAGCUCAUGAGCGAAUACACACCGGGGAGAAGCCCUACCACUGCUCCCACUGUGGAAAGAGAUUUAACCAUUCAGGAAAGCUGAAAGAACACAUGAAACUGCACACAGGUGAGAAGCCUUACAAAUGCAAGUCCAAUAUGAAUGUUCAAUACACACAAUAGGUUGAUUGCUAGCCAGUUAGCUAGCUGCUACGUCUUUGUCCGCUCAGCUAGCUAUCACCAAAGUCCAAAUGGAGUCCAGGCCUGGUGGUGGCAGCAGUGCACUACAACCACUGUUUACCGGAUUAACCACGUUUCCAUCCAAAGUUUUUAUUUGAGUCAAGUCAUACCGUAUACAAAAACUCAAGACAGAUGUGAUGGAAACAGGUUUUCAGAAGACUUGAGGUGGAUUUCCCUCUAACUUUUUACCUGGGCUUUGCUCCUUUCAUAUUUAUUUUGAUCCUGACAAACUCCCCAGUCCCUGCCAGUGACAAGCAUACCCAUAACAUGAUGCUGCCACCACAAUACUUAUUGUGUGGUUAAUAUGUGGUCUAUCUCCAGGUCAUCAGACUUAAAUAGUCCCCUCUAGCCGGCCUCUGCCCAGUACCCUGCCCUGAACUUUAGUCACUGUUACUAGCUGUCUACCACCCAUUAUUCCACCCUGUAUUCUAGUCAAGGCUCAUCCUAUAUAACUACUGCUGUUCACACCUUUCCUAUUAAAAUACAGUCCAUAAUGUCUAUACACACCAUCAUAUACAUUGUAAACAAACUGUAGAUUUAUAUUCCGGACUCUGACAUUGCUCGGUCUACUAUUUCUCAAUAUUUCUUCAUCCAUUUCUUAAAAGAAAUUGUGGGGAUUUUUAUGUGUUGUUUUGUUAGAUAUUACUGCACUGUUUCGCUACACCUGCAUAACAUCAGAGAAAUGUGUGUAUGAGACCAAUAACAUUGAAUUUCAUUUGAUUUGAUCUGUGGUCAGAGGUGUGCAGACAACAGAUGGUGUUUAUGGUGGAGAGGACUGUGGACUCAGUGGAGGACAUCUCAGCCACUUGGCAGUGUUGACACUGCUACUUCCUAUCUGACUGGUAGUAGGACUUCACUGCUACUUCCUAUCUGACUGGUAAUAGGACUUCACUGCUACUUCCUAUCUGACUGGUAGUAGGACUUCACU